GCAGAGCAAAGCCACUGAUACCUGCAUCUCCAGCUGCCACGGAGUGGGGCACAUUUGCCAGUGACUUUGUCGUUGGCUAGCCAGGAAGCAAGAAAGGCAGCUGUGCAGAAGACGAUGACUCGGAUGCUUUUGCUGUACUGCUUAGUGUUUCUUUUGCUCACAGAGUCCUGUAGGACAUUACUCCAGGUGGCCAGCAAGAGCAAGGAGCAGGUGUCAGCCAGGCCACACGGUAUAUGUGCUGGUGUUUGUGUGGACAAUUCCUACUGUAGCCAACCUUGCCCUCCAGACACUCAGGGGAAUAUGGGGUUUUCAUGCAAGCAAAAGAAAUGGCACAAGAUCACUGAUACCUGCCGGACUCUUACUGCCUUCAACAUCUUCGAGGCAGAUGCCUAUUCUGUGCAACUGUUUGGAGGAGUAAAAAUAAAUGAAUAUGCCAGGAAGUCUGAGACCAUUACAGAUUUGUUAAUGGAAAAGUGUCCACAUGAUCUGUCCUGUGUGAUCAGGAACAUUCAGAAGGCUCCCCGGAUCCCGGGAAACAUUGCCGUCAUCGUGCAGCUCUUACACAACAUCUCGACUGUGCUAAUGACAGAUGUGAAUGAGGCAAAGAUGCAGAGUUACAGCACCAUGGCCAACCACAUUCUUAACAGCAAAAGCAUCUUGAACUGGACCUUCAUCCCCAACAGAAAUAGCAGCUGUGUCCUGCUACACUCAGUCAAUUCCUUCGCGAGAAAGCUAUUUAUAAAGAAGCAUCCCAUUGACAUUGCAGAUGUCUUCAUCCACACGAUGGGGACCACCAUCUCCAGAGACAGCACCGGAAAGAAUUUCACUUUUUCAAUGAGAGUUAACGACACCAGCGACAUGGUCACAGGGAAGGUGUUGAUCAGUAGAGAUGAACUUCAGCAGGUGGCUUCUCCUUCUCAGGCCGUCAGCAUUGCGUUUCCAACUCUUGGGGCCAUCUUAGAAGCCAGUGUUUUGGAAAGCCUCACCGUGAAUGGGCUUGUCCUAUCUGUCAUUCUGCCCAGGGAACUUAAAAGAAUCUCACUGAUUUUUGAAAAGAUCAGCAAGUCAGAGGACAGGAGGACACAGUGUGUGGGCUGGCACUCCCUGGAGAGCAGAUGGGACCAGCAGGUCUGCCAGAUGAUUCAGGAAAACUCCCAGCAAGUGGUUUGCAAAUGUCGCCCAAGCCAGUUAUUUACCUCUUUCUCAAUUCUGAUGGCGCCCCACGUCUUGGAGAGCCCGAUCCUGAUUUACAUCACGUACAUAGGCCUGGGUGUUUCUAUUUGCAGCUUGAUCCUCUGCUUGUCCAUUGAGGCCUUGGUCUGAGGCCAGAUAACAAAGACAGAGAUCUCGUAUUUACGCCAUGUGUGUGUUGCUAACAUAGCGACCGCCUUGCUGAUGGCCGACGUGUGGUUUAUCGUGGCUUCCUCUCUCAGUGGUCCGACGAAGCACCACAGCGGGUGUGUGGCAGCAACAUUUUUUGUUCACUUCUUUUACCUUUCUGUGUUCUUCUGGAUGCUCGCCAAGGCGCUCCUCAUCCUCUACGGAAUCCUCAUUGUUUUCCAUACGCUGCCCAAGUCAGUCCUGGUGGCAUCCCUCUUUGCAGUGGGCUACGGGUGCCCUUUGGUCAUUGCUGUUGCCACAGUCACUGUCACUGAGCCUGUCAAAGGCUACCUCCGGCCUGAGGCCUGUUGGCUCAAUUGGGACAUGACCAAGGCCCUCCUGGCCUUUGUGGUCCCAGCUCUGGCCAUCGUGGUCAUCAACUUGACCACGGUCACACUGGUGAUCGUCAAGACCCGGCGCGCGGCCGUCGGCAGCUCCAUGCUCCAAGAGGUGAGGGCCAUCGUGAGGGUCAGUAAGAGCAUUGCCGUCCUCACGCCCCUGCUGGGACUGACCUGGGGAUUCGGAAUAGCCACCGUCCUUGAUGGGGGCUCGCUGGCCUUCCACAUUAUCUUCUCCCUGCUUAACGCCUUCCAGGGCUUCUUCAUCUUGGUGUUUGGAACAAUUCUGGAUCCUAAGAUAAGAAAUACCUUAAAGGGUCGAGUAACCUCUGCAACAUGGAUCUCCAGAAUAUCAGAGAACCUUUCUUCUGACUUUUCCCGUCAUCCCACCAAAGGGCCAAGCUAGCAGACCAGGCUAUACUCCUAACUUGGGAGGUCCUCCAUUUCACGAGUGGCAGAGCCCCCAGGAGAACUGUGCCGAUUCCUGUCUUCUUGCCUCUGGGGAGUAUGAAGGAAGCCUCCCUCUCGGUGGUGCUGAUGGAUGAGGGUGUGAAGUGUGAAGAGAAUGGAAGCCCCCCCACCCCCACCCCCCGUCUAAGUUGUUCCGUGCUGCGAAUGUUUCUC